CCGGUAAAACACACCGGCCGAUCUUAGAAAUUUAGGGAAUAAUUGUUCCGUGAUAUUUGGCGGAUCGCUAAUCUCUUCACCGCGUAACGAAUACAGCAAAUCUGGAUGACAAGAACGAGAACAUGAUCACCGCCUCGGAGCCACUGGAAUACAUUCCUCGAGGCCGUCAGGCGGCGAACCUACACCCCGGACAAUUUUCGAAGGUUCAAAAUGAGCCGGAAGAACACGAGCUGACGGAGCGGCUGCAGGCCGUAAGCAUUUCGGCCGAUGGCAAAGUGGAGGAGGAGUUCUACACCUUGCGCGAUGCUCGCUUGGAUGCGGAUGGGCCGGUAGGGUGGAUGCAAUCGGAAACGACCUACAACCACACCGAGGAGGAGCUGUACGUGCGAGGCAAUCUGGCAGUAUGGACUCGCGCUCCCGGCAAAGGCGAGGCUACUGUAAACGGCAAGAGCAUCCCGCGGGUCGCUCAUUAUUGCGAGACCCCCAUCCAGCACGCAUUCUUCGCUCCGACUCAGUUUCUCAUCAACCAGGUUCAGUCCGAUAAAGGUAAAGGUAAUGCCGGGAGUUGGCCAGGAAAGAACCCGGCAGGCUUCUGUGUGAUCGAUCAGCAACUGUUGCACGUGUACUGUGACACCGGCGAAAUGUACUGCGCCAGGGCGGAAGGUCCUAUAUCCGCUAUCUGGCUCGUACCGUGUGGUAUUCUGAUAGAGAAGGAACCUUCCGCCACGACGCUCGAUGAUGAAUGGAUACCAAUGCCGCGCCUCUUCACACUCACCUUUCCGACGGACGAUAUGCAUCCGGUGAGGCUGAAAUACAUUACCCAGGGCAUUCUUACCGAGCCGUACCGGGUCGUGUUUUCGAGCGAAGAGCUCGACAUUGUAGUAAUGUACGAUGAACACAAGCAGCUGCACUUCAUCUGUCGCCUACAACCAAUCGCAGAGCGAACAGAUGAGCUUCUGGAUGAAAGUGUGGACAAAUUCUGUCCUUUUCCGUUCACGGCACUGCAGCAGGGCGUUCGUGGCAAUACACUGCUCUUAGGCAAACACAAAGCGAACAAGCAAUGGCAGGUCGGUUCCACUGACCGGCUCGGUGGUAACGAUGUGCCGGAAUCAGAUCCCAAGCAGCGCGAAUCCCUGGGGCCUACAGCGGAAACUUACACGCAUUCGCCCUGGCACUUUACACGCGGUGGGCAGCAGGGGCAUGGUCGUGCCACAGUUACCUCACCACUUUCGUUUAUGGGUGAGGAGACACACAUGCCGUUCGAACCAUUUGGCUAUCGGAAGGUUACCGCCGCGAAACCCAUCCUUCCCGAGUACGAGUUGGUGCGCAUCUGGACGGAAGAAACGGAACAGUCAAGGGGAUCUCCCAUUUGCCUACAGACGGAAUCAGCAACGACAGGGUUCUUGCACAUAGAUUUGGCGGGCUGUCAGUACCUUUGUUAUCUGUGUCCCUCGAUCGGACGCCUAACGAUGCUGAAGUACGAGCCAGACAAGAAAAGCAUCAAGCAGCAGGAACAGAGUAGAAUCAUUCCUGCCUGGGCUGCGGUCGAAAUUAAACGACUCAAUUUGUUCGCCGUGAUCGCACCAUGGACCGGUCAGCUGAUUCUUUACAGUGGGCCGCUCCGCAUCGGCAAGGUGCACCUAACCGGUCUGCUGUAUGCGAAUUUCCUCUCAGCCAGCCGUACAAACAUUAACUCGGCUAGUAAUGGCUACAUGGCUCCCCCGUCUGCUGCCUCAUCGUCGUUCGGUUCAUUUCCCCGACGCAGCAGUCUGCUACCAAACGCGCCCGCCCAGGCCGAUCGAAAGUUCGAAGAGGACCUGCACGGCCUGUCACCGGUUAGGCCACCCGGCGGUGGUGGCAACAGCUUCAGCAGCUGCAUCGAUUCGGUCCUUCCAAUCGCCAUCGAAUCCACGGUGGCUUUGCGCGAUUCGAUCGAGAAUCGCUUUACAAUCGCAUACGGUGAUAAUCACUUCCGCCUAGCACUACCGGCCAUGGCGGAGUCACAGCUGGUGCGCCGUGUAUUAUACGCCAUUCGUAGUACGCUGCCCGUCGGCCGGUCGCUGGAAUUUCUCGUGCGGUGGUACGCCACACGGAACGUACCGGGCUCGCAGGAGCUGGGCAUGCACCAGGAGUGGCAGCAGCUGCGUACGUUGCUAUACAAUGCACUCGGGCGCCCACUGGUCCCGUCGGCCGUCGCCGGUAACUGCCGUUCGCCGGGCGAAGAACCAAAGAAGCGUCGGAAGGACGAACGGACGCAGGGGAACUGCUCCGAUUGGGAGUUUUUGCUGUGUCACGCCUUGGGCCGAACGCACAUCAAAGAUGAUGCGGGAGCUGAUUUGCCGGUAUGGGGUUCGGGGCGGCCCUACGAACAGCACGACCAGCGCAUUCUGUACCCUCAUCUGCCACAACUGUGGCAGUCGCUGCACCUGCUGUACGAAGACAUGCGGCUGGAUGCGGGUAUGCUAGAAGGCCAGCGGUUGCUGGGAGAGUUCCUGUGCAGCCUUGCGGUCGAUGCCGGUCUCGAACGCUUCCAGCUGCACUAUCUUACCGAUUUUCCGCUGUUCGCCGAUCAACACCUGCAAAAUCAGUGUCGGAUCGACGAACCGGGACUGAUCGAGCAACUUUGUCACGAGUUCGCGAGUCCUGUGGGCGAGCCACCCCACCUUUACCGAUAUCUCGAGCAGCUGGUGGUACAUGGCAGCGACCCGCAGUACCAGUUAUGCCCAUUUCGGCUGCAGGCGCACGUAAACGAGCUAACCAAGGACGUAGUAUUCUUGUUUGCGGUUAUUUAUCGUGUCCAUAGUCUUAGUGGUUGGGUGCAGUCGUAUCUGCAGGAGCUGCAGCUGCCAGGGCUGGACGGCCAGGCACCACCAGGCGAAGAAUCACAAUCUGCGAUCACCUGGGACGAUUCACCGCAAUCGCAGAUCAUCGUGCGCUUCCUGGUGGCGCGUAGUUAUUCCCGGGCGCGCCUGAACAACCUGCCCAUUGCCAUCCGGUUCGUAGUGCUGCAGUGUCUGGAGACGUACCGAUAUAAAGUGCGUCACAAGCUACAACGGAGUGUUUACGAGCUGCUACUGCGGCCCGAUCUCAGCGAGCAGACGCACCACGCGAACUUCCGUGGUGUUCUGGACGAUCAUGCGACGUACCUGGACAACAAGUUCAUGAAGUGGAUGGUCGACCUGUGCGAACCGGAAACCACCUCCAGCGGUCACGGCAUCUUCAGUGUACCCUCGACCGUAUUUGACGAAGGGGUAGUGCGGCAGCAGCAGCAACAGCAACAAAUACCGCAACCCCAACAGCAACAGCAGGUCCAACAACAGCACCAGCAGCAGCAUCAGCACCAGCUCUUGCAUCAGCCGUCGGGCCCAUGCGACGGCAUGGAGCAACUGGACCGAGAGCUGCUGGCAUUGCGCUUUCCGGGAGAUAAGCGCAUCGAGUGCGUUCGCGCGUUCCUCGCCAGCUCGCAACCCGUCACCAUCGACAUCGUGCAAGCACGAAGCGUCUCCGAUCAUGACUUCAUCGAAGACCAGGAGAAGCGACUAUACGCGCUCUGUCUGCGCACGAUGUCGCAACCAAUCGGGCGAGGCAUGUUCACGUUUGCCACGUACUUACCGCAGGAGGCUGAAGUGUUGGCUGCUCCGAAACUGUGCCUUACCGGGCGUGACCCACAGAGGGGCUCCACGGUCGAGAUUCAUCAGAUCGAAGUGCCGACGAACAUGGAGCUGUGGCCAAUGUUCCACAACGGUGUUGCGUCCGGUCUGCGGCUCAGUCCAGAGGCCGAAGGUAUCACGGCCGCCUGGAUCAUGAACAACAGUUCGCGGCUGGCCAACCGCAAGUCAACGUCAGAAGAGCGCAUCGAGCAUGGUGGGUUUCUGCUGGCGCUCGGGCUCACCGGCCACCUGCACAAGCUGGAGCUGUACACCAUCUACGAGUACAUGGUACAGGGCGAAGAUAUUGUGCGUGUAGCUCUGCUUAUUGGCCUGUCGGCGUCUCGUCGAGGCUCGAUGGAUGCGACGCUCACUAGGAUGCUGUCAGUGCACCUGGAGGCGUUGCUGCCACCAACCUCGGUCGAUCUGGAUAUCGCGCAAAAUGUGCGUGUGGCUGCGCUGAUGGGGCUCGGGCUGCUGUACCAAGAUUCGUGUCACAGUCGCACGGCCGAGGUAUUGCUGCAGGAAAUCGGACGGCCGCCUGGACCGGAGAUGGAGAACUACCUCGAGCGUGAAUCGUACGCACUCACCGCGGGCGUAGCGCUCGGUCUUGUCACACUCGGUCAGGGUACGUGCUCAAAGAUGCUGGACGAGCGACGAAUCCCAGAGAUGCUGUACAACUUCAUGAACGGUGGCACACGGAUUCCGGUGUUUGGACCGCAGAAGGAAAAGUACAAGCUGUCUUCAUUCCAGAUCCGCGAGGGAGGCGCCGUGAACGUCGACGUGACAGCUCCGGGCGCUAUCCUGGCACUUGGGCUCAUGUUCCAUCGGACAGGUGACACGACCGUUGCCGGUUGGCUGCGUCAGAAGCACGUGCGCCCCGACAUGCUGCUGUUGCGUAGCCUCGCCAGUCACCUUAUUAUGUGGGACAAGAUCGAACCGACUACGGCCUGGGUGCAUGCCCAGAUGCCCAACGCGAUAAAUGAUACCGUGGCCAGCAUCAAGAGUUUCUAUCGCGCACAAAAGACGCUACCGCUCCGGUGGGACGCACCACACCGCUGGGACUCAGCAUCGCAGUGUGACUGGCCGAACCUGCCAACUACUCAGUCAGAGGCCGAAUUUGUGUGCCAGGCGCAUUGCAAUAGUCUCUGUGCUGGUCUGGUCGCUAUUGGGCUGCGGUACGCGGGGACGGCCGACCAGCAAGCGACUGAUACCGUAUACGAUGCGAUUCGCUACCUACUGGCGCUGCGCCCGAACAGACCGAUCGGCAGUCUGGCAGGCAGCCAGACGGUGGAGAACUGUACCAUGAUGGCCCUGUUGGCCCUGGCGCUGGUGCAGGCCGGCAACGGUUCGAUGCGCGUAUUGCGUCUCAUCCGUAUGCUGCGGUCCCGCGUUGGCCGUUCAUACGUCACCUACGGCUCUUUCAUGGCAAUACACAUGGCGUUAGGCUUACUGUUUCUGGGCGGUGGUCGUUACUCCAUCUCCCGCUCACCGAUCGCCAUUGCCGCCCUGGUCAUUGCAUUGUUUCCGAAGCUGCCGACUUACAGCAACGACAAUCGCUAUCAUCUGCAAGCCCUGCGUCAUCUGUACGUGCUGGCGCUCGAACCCCGUCUGCUAGUGCCGCGGAACAUGAAAAACUGGACCAUUUGCCAGUGCGACAUUGAGUAUGUGAUGAAGGAUCGACCGAACGAGGUGAUCCGAGCCCGAGCCCCGUUCAUGCUGCCAGAGCUCGACACUAUGCUCAAAAUGUGCAUCGUGGAUCAAUCAUUCUGGCAUGUUCGUUUCACCACCGAGAGUUGGCCAUUGCUGGCGGACAUUUUACGUUGCUGCGGGUAUGUGAAGGUGUUGCCGCGCGUUGGCAAGUUUUCCUACGACGAUUCCUACGAUUCCAGCCGACAUGUGUCCUCGCUACUCAGCCAUCACUGUGCGCAUGACCGGUGGAAGCGGGUCCCAGCGCUCCUGUACAAGUUUGCCAACCUGCCAGAGGUGAGCGGUUUACUGCGAACUUACCUCCCUAGCGAACCCGCCCAUCUGCUGAGCGAAUUACUUGAACCGGAUCGACGGACUGGUCCGAGCUACGAGGCGCGCAUGGAACCGCUAUUGCUGUUGCCGCAGGUGUACGAGUGCAUUAUGCAGGAUCGGCUGCACGCGCUGUCAAUCUUUCUCGAUCUCAACAAGAUCCUGUUGGACUUAGAUCGAAAGGUAGAAACCGAUGAUGCGUGGCAGUUACGGCUGUUUACCGCCAUGCAGCACACACUGAUGCCGUCCCUGGAUCCGACUGCCGGUGAACGGUUGCUCGACGACGACAUGCUCUCUUCGACCCUCAUCCAGAUCGGAAGUGCGUAUGAGCAGCUGUGCGCACAAUUCGCCAACGAGAUGCGCUGCUACCUGGGCAUGCGGGGCUACCGCGAUAGGUUAGGCGUCGAUGCUACCAUUCCGGUAGGUGAUCGGUUGAGCCGACUCGUACCACUCACCGCUGCCACUACAGUAGGCGAAUUGAGCUGCCCGGCUGCGAUCCACCAGCGGAACGUACGGCUUGGCACGCUGAUGCGGCUCGUCGUGCUGUACGAUCUGCCAUACGAUUUACUGCACCACUUCAACUCCCAGCCUGAAGGGGAUCUCCUAUAUGGAUCAGGGGCCAGCAAUCUUCAGCUAUUGCUGGUGCUACGCCAGAGGCGUCCGGAUCUUGAUGCGCGCACGCUUGAUAUUAUCGGCAACUUGCUUCAUGGUGAUAACGAACCUGAAAUGGAAUGAAACGGCAGGAAGAGAAAGAAAAAACUUUGGAAGAACUAGGAGAAGGGGGAGGGGCAUUUUCAGGAGGGCAGCGUAAAAUGAUUAUGUAUUUUACUCCAGUGGUUUAAGCAUGCGCUGCGUCGUUCAUUCAUGUUCUUUUUCUGUCAUGUUGAUAUUUUAUCGUUUCAAGGACCAACACAAAGGUGGAUUUAAAGCUCGUCGAAAUGAAAGCGAUAAUAAAAUGAACUCGCCCGGGAAAAACGAUAAAAAAGUUCA